ACUAAACAAAUUUCUUAGAUCAAAGUUUAGAUUCAUUCAUAAGUGAUUAUAAAUGUGCAUAUAAACAAGUUAACAUUUCUCAAGAAUUUUAUUUGGAAUACAUGUAAAUAUGUCUCUAUUAGAUAUUAUUUUACCAUUUUUGUUAGAUUAUAUUAGAAAUACAGGAAAUUUUAUAACUAAGACGUAAGCUUGUCAAUGAUUGUUACGCAAUGUCUCGGAAAGCUAAAGAGGUGGGUGGAGAAGAUCUGGCUAAGCCUCUAGCUUACAGAGAUAAGGAGGGCAAUAUCCGGUUGUACGAGCCGGGGCAGGAACCAACAAUAUGGAAAAAGGUGGAACCUGCAACAGCCAGCAAGGACUCACUAGAUAGACCGUCUUCGUUAGAUUCUCAAACAGGACGAGGCUCUAGUUACACGGAACAUGGAGAAACAUAUACCCCAACAAAACCACGGGCAACGUCCACAAACAAGCAGAGUUUCACUUCCGAUGAUGACCUGGUACUUCCGGUUUCUCCUGUACCGGAAGUGAAAGAACCCCGUAUUCCUAGACAUGUGAUGAUGCCGCAUGACAUGUCUUUCAAAAAAAAUGACCAACACGCAAUCAGGGCACCUCCCGUAACCAAAGAUAACUUGAAGACGCUUGUUGAGUUUCUUGUUUCUAUGACGACCACGUCCGUAGAAAGGGCGCGCGCUUUCUACAUCUGGAUCACUCAUAAUAUCAAUUACGACACUUCUGGUUACUUCAACCGCGCGCCACUGAAGCCAACAGAUCCGGCAUCCGUGCUAGCCAACCGUCUGACCGUCUGUGAGGGCUACUGACGUCUCUUUGAAGCAUUCUGCAGCGAAGUUGGUAUUCCUGUAAAAAUCAUUUGCGGAUAUGCAAAGGCUUAUGGUUGUCAACCCGGUGAACACGUCACAAAACACAGCCAUAAUGCACAUGCAUGGAAUGCCAUAUAUCUUGAAUCCGAUUUGUU